AUUGCCCGUCAGCUGCAAGGGGGUUCCAGAACGGGAUAAUGGGAUAAGGGCGGUACUGACAAGUGUUCAUGCCACCGAGCUGCUUAUAGGUGCCUUUGGGGACAUAGUCCUCGGAGACCACUGGUGGAAUAUUGCAACAAGACUCAUUAUGGCCAUGUGUUGCCGGCAUAGUAGCCAUGGUAGCGACGGGGCAGUGAUGGGUUCGUGGAGGAGGUCGGGAUUGGGAUAGUGAACAAGGAUUGCUGCGGAAGCUUGAGGCGACCGUCGUAAAGGCUCGUGAUGGUGGACUCAACACGAGAGCUUGGUUGACGAUCGUCUUUAUACUCGGUGCUGCAGGACUGUCAUUAACCAACUUGGCAGCUGCAGUUUGAAGCCGACUGGAGCCCAGGGUGGGCGUGGUUAUCUUCGGAAAACCAAAGCUUGGAGGCAUGAUGACGGGUUGUUGCAAGAAUACGAGUGCGGACUUGAAGAUCUUGUGGAAAACGAUGGUGUUGAUACGCAUUCUUCGUAUUCUCAUUGUUCGGAGCAAUGGCCGAACACCUAAGGGACAUAGCGUUUUCGAUCAUCGGAGGUCCGCGGGGACCCACCCAACACCGUCAGAUCUUACCAUCGGACCCUCCGCGGCUGAGCCAUCCGAGCCAACCCAUUGGUUAUUUCCCAUUUGGAAACCCGACGUGAAUUCAUUUGCAGAUUAUGGCAUCUUUUCUGACGAAGUUCACGUUUCGAUCGCGCUUUGUCCGAUCGCGUUCGGUUAUCAGAACAACUUCGAGACGUCCCCUGGGCCCAUUUUAGUCUCCCGAGUGAAUAAUACUCAGCAUUACAUUCAUGAGGUUUCCCUCACAUCCCUACCUGACCAUUAUACCAUACAGUAUCGUCAACCUCAGAAAAUCCCGUCGAACUUCGCCAACCCCGUCGCAAUGGCACUUUCAAACCCCACGCCUACUUUCCUCCCAAACCUCACAUACCUCUUCAGCGCAACCGUGAAUCUCGGCAAAAGCCUCGGCCCCAUCCCCAUGGUGGAAGGCGGCGCGCGUCGUGGAAGUAAUCACCGGCGGCACCAUCUACGGUCCCGGGUUCAACGCUACGAUCGAGGGAGGUGUGGCUGCACCAAUUCUAGUGAACAACGGCGACGGAACGAGGAUCCAUAUACCGUACAUCUACGCCUAUGGCACCGCAGACGUGUCAGAUUUGAUGGUAUCUGAAGAUGUCACGGUGACAGAAAGAUUGAUUGAAGAUGGGUUGACUGAUUGUAUUCAGGUGUGUGCUUG